UCAGCCCGAUAGCCUUCACUCUUCAAUUCGAGUUCUAUCGCUUCACACGACAGUCACCCGCCAAAGACAACAGCGCAGAACUAGUCUGUGAAAUAAACAAAAGAAUUGACAUUGUUGAUUAGCGGAAAACAAGCUGUCAUCAUGUCCCAGCACGUUGCCCUAGGACCCGUAAGCCAGAGGAUUUUAUGUCCUCAUUGUCAUGCUGAUAUUUCCACGAGAGUCGAGGGCGAGUCUAAUACUAAAACUCAUCUGUUCGCACUCCUUCUCUGUUUGCUUGGAUGUUGGCCAUGUGCCCCCUGCCCCUACUGCAUGGACUCCUGCCUGGUGAAGAAGCACUAUUGUCCAUCCUGCAAUAACUAUAUAGGCCAGCACGAGAAUUGAUCAAAACCCUCCAAGAAAGACGUAACAAGACGUCCGAAAAAUAUGACAGCUUAUACAAAAGUAUAUUUAAAUUCGAAAUAUGAAAUAUUUUAAGGUCAGGAAAGUGAAUGGAUACAUGGAUAGCAUGUAGCCUUAAAAACAUUUAAGGUCGGCCGAACACUAGCCUGGGGAUAACCCAGAUAAUACAGAAAAAAUGUUCAAAGAUCUUAUAUUUUGAUAUUGGAAGAAGAAAUAGUAAUAUUGAAAUAUUCGAGUCGCCUUAAAAUCCAUCUUUCUUAUUAAUCGUAAGUUGUAAAUCAAAGUAAUCCAUCGUGCCUUCAUGAGCCCCCC